ACUUACUGAAAAAAAUCCAAAUCAGUGACAUGAUAUGCCAUCAUAUCAUUGUGAAACCAAUUUGGAACGUUUCGUCGGCACCGGAACUGGGUUGUUUUGGUUUCUCCGUGUCCACUUGAUAUCUUCCCGCACGCGCCAAACGCGCGCACUAACGAUAGCCCACUAAUGGGCGCGCGAGUCACUGCUCGUCGCCUCCCAAGUCGCACUGAUGUCUCUCUCAGCGUGGACGCAACGUCACGUCCGCACUUGAAUCUGAAGUCUUAUCCCAUUCUACGGAGGCAAUCCCAGCCACACACACACGCGGGAUUCUCCCAAAGCGAUAGGACAGACUCGUCACUGUGAAAGGAGAAAGAGAAACAUUGGACCUCUGCUGUUUGGAAGGAGAAAAAUAGGAGGUGUUCUGACUGGCUGGCUGUUGGUCUGUCUCCGUCUCCCUCUGUCAACUCCUAGAGCGGAGAGUUCUGUGCCAUUCUUUUCGCUACUGUCAAGACUCGCAGUGCGAGGACUGAAUGGUGCCAAAGCUCACAGCACCUAGCAGACCCAACACCGGUGGAAUUUUUUGGGUUCAGUUAUUGAAUUAAUAGGACAUUUGUUGUAAUUCUGCGAGAAAAUAACAGAGGAGAAGAGGUGACAGUUGAAUCGAAUAUUGGCCCAUCGAGCGAAGAGUGGCAUGCACGGUAGGCUACCCCAGUAGUGAACGCAGAUGGCAGAGGGCACCUCGUCGGAAUUCCAAUUAUUUUUAUUCUCUGCAAUUAUUGCAGUAAUUCCGUUGAGGUUAUUGACACAAAAUAACCAAGCAGAAAUAUUUGCAUGAACUUGCAUGUGUCUGCUGUAACUCCAACAGUUUAACCCCUCCAGGUGUUGCGCUUAGGGUGAAAUAAUUCUGCGAGGACUGGACAGUUGACAAACGUUUUACCCGCCUUUCAACAACUUCAAUAAAAAAAACGUGGCUCUUUUUCACUUACUGUAGCUUCAUGUUAGUCGUCUUAAUUGGAAGCACUUUGAAAAAGUUACCGGGCACCAGACCAGCGGAGCACCACGGAGCAAGCCGAACCCACGCGCAGUUUUCCGGGCGAUGCCAGAGUAGAUGCAGGGGCAAUGUCCCGUCGCAAGCAGGGGAACCCUCAGCACCUAUCACUGUCUCAAAGAGAAACAAUACGACCCGAGGCCAAUCAUGAGUCGGGGGUGGGAACUCGCCCCCCGGAGCCGUCCACUCCCAGCCCCACUCCCACUCUGAGGAGGGCAGGGCCAGGGGAGCAUGACCUCCUGACCUGUGGGAGGUGCCAGACCAACUUCCUCCUGGGAGACAUCCUGGUCUUCAUAGAACACAAAAGGAGACUGUGCAGUGGAGGAGUCCGCGCCCCUGGGGGGUUCUCCAAACCGGGCGAGAGGGGGACCCCCAUCUUGGCACGAGGAGGGGCGGUGCCAGUGGAGGUGGGGGUGCAGGUGACCCCACAUGGGGAUGAGGAAGAGGAGAGGAGGCUGACGCCCGCUAAAGGAAUCUGUCCCAAGCAGGAAAGAGGAAACACAGGUAGGAACCAGGAAGUCUGAAUACAAUUGGUCUGGCUCUGUUUAAAAUGCUUUGAAGGAGUAGAGACAUAAUAUUUGGGUUUAUAAAGACAAAUACACACAUGUUUGGCAUCAAGUGCAGUGUGAGUUUUGACACUCGAUUA